AUGCUUCGACUGUCAACUCGAAUACAUUCCACGAUCGCUGCAACUCGACCGAGAUUCCACGUGAGACUGUAUACAAAUGGAGUCGCUGAAGUGUCUAUACCAACAACAACAACAACAACAAAACAACAACCUGUUCGAGUCCGUUUCGCUCCAAGCCCUACUGGACACCUUCACCUCGGUGGUUUACGCACAGCCUUGUUCAAUUACCUCUUGGCCAAAAAGACAGGGGGCGAUUUCAUUCUACGCAUCGAAGACACCGAUCAGACUCGGCUAGUACCAGGGGCAACUGAGAAGCUUAUUUCUGUACUAUCAUGGGCUGGCAUCAAGUUGGAUGAAGGCCCUGAUGUAGGAGGCGCAUGUGGUCCUUAUGUACAAUCGAAGCGAACCGAUAUCUACCGAGAACAUGCCCGUCAACUUGUGGAGUCUGGUCAUGCGUAUAGAUGCUUUUGUACUCCGGAGCGACUGGAUCGUAUCCGAAAACUUGGGCAAAAGACUGGAAACCAAAUUGGCUACGAUCGACAUUGUGCACACCUUAGCGAGCAGCAAAUCAAGGAAAACAUGGAAAAGCAGCUCCCUUAUACCAUCCGAUUAAGGACACCAGAAGGCGAGACCAAAGUGGACGAUAUGGUGCAUGGUCCAGUGACAUUUGCCAAUCGUCUUCUUGAUGAUAGCGUUCUCAUCAAGAGUGAUGGGUUUCCAACAUACCAUUUGGCGAACGUUGUCGACGAUCAUUUGAUGGGGAUAUCGCAUGUCUUACGAGGAGAUGAAUGGUUGCCUUCAACACCCAAGCACAUCAUCCUAUACAAUGCAUUUGGAUGGAGGUCACCUCGAUUUGUACAUUUACCCUUGUUGAUGAAGCCUGGUGGUGGCAAGCUCUCAAAACGCUCCAACGAUGCCUAUGUUGAGCAUUACAUUGAACAAGGCUAUUUCCCCGAAGCACUCAACAACUUUGUGGCUCUCCUGGGAUGGAGUCCCCCUGCUGGUGGAAGCGAAAUUCUCACAUCCAUGGACGAAUUGGUGGAUAAGUUUGAUAUUGGAGAGCUCAAUGAUUCUCAAGCGGUGGUGGAUGUGAACAAGCUUUUAUGGAUCAACAAACAACAUUUAUUGAAACGGGCUGAAACACCUGAAGGGACACAAUCCAUGGCAGAACAAUUGCAUCCACUUGUAAAUGACAAAUUUGGAGACAAAGUUAAGGCAUUGGAUCCAAAUGGCAAGCAUCUUUAUCGGCUAAGCGUGGAUUACAUUUCAAAAGUAAUUGGUUGUGUAAAGGAACGCAUUCGUUUAACAUCCGAUGUUCUUGAAUACUGCAACUAUUUCUUUGUUAAGCCUGACUAUACUGCCGACGAGGCACAGACCUUGAAGAAGCGACUAAAAGCAAAGGCCAAAGAUCUCGUGUACUCAAAAGAAGCACGUCAAGGAUUUGAAGCACUGGAUCAAUUUGACAGCGUAUCUAUUAAUCGAUAUUGGAAUGAUUUGGCCAAGGAGAACGGUGUGAGUUAUAAUCAAGUGAUGCCAACAUUGCGAUAUGCAAUUACGGGACGAUCUGUGGGAGCCUCUAUUCCAUUAACGAUGGAGAUCUUGGGAAAAUCAACCUGUUUAUCUCGUCUUGAGGAGGCUGCUGCUUCAAACCAAUGA